AUGCGAGAUAUUAACAUAAAAUCAGAAAAGCUGCAUCCGUACAAAGAUAUAGAGAAGCAGAUUGGAUCACAGACUCUAAUGAGGUUCAACAAGAAAGAGGAUGGGGCUCUUCUAUAUUACACAAAAAUAGGACUUUGUGUUCUUCUUGGUGUCGCAAUAGCCUCUAUGUUUAUUGGGUCUAUUUGGAUGCUUUUCAACAGCAAUUUUAUUUACAGCCUAUUUAAUAUAAAACUUCUACCUUACACUGUACUGCAAGUAUUAGUUACUGACAUAACUAUGUUCACAUGGAUGAGUACAAUUGCUUUUGGGGUCUUUGGUAUUUCAAAUUUGCUAGAGAGAAUCUACAGCAUUAAGUUUAACCUUUUUUCAACUAUUGCUGGAGUUAUUCUUACGACAUGUGGAUCUGCUGGUCUAUCUACUGGAGUUUUUUGGAUACUAACCACAGUCAUUGGCAUGCAAUUCUCUGGUAAUAUAGCCGCUAUAUGGGCAUUUGGCACUCUUUUCACCUUCAUCACUUUACUUUCAUUUGUUUUUCUGUACUUCAAAGACUUUUUCUUUACUCUAAACCCGAAUGAUCUUGAUAAAGGAGAGUUUAAGCUUACCUCAGAUGGGCCAGCCCCAGACCUAGACAUAGACCUACUCACUCCAAGUGAUAAGGGCCCUCGAGUCAAUGUAAUUGGGGAAAAGCCAUCUGACCAUAAGCUGAAUGUGGCAGAUGGCCAAGAACCUGACGCGAAUCUAAUUAAGAAGGAGGAUAAGCAAAUAUAUCAGGGAGAGGCAAAUGCCUUAAUUAGAAGGAGAAAAUAUGUCAAAAUACACUUUUCAGAUGUUAUGGGGUUUUGGGCAGCUACAAUGACUUUCCCCCUGGGAUUCUUGCUUUUCAUCUUUGCGCCAACCUCUGGUGCACAGCUGAUUGAGAUGCUGAGUGGGUUGGGUGGAUGGUUUUUGAAUGCCUCAGGCCUCAAACAGUUCCUCUUUGUAAUGUCGAUAGGUGUCAUGAAUUGGAUAUUCUCUGUGUUUGUUCGACUGAGCAGUUUGGCAUUUGGAUCUAUCCUAGGAUACUACCAAAAUAAAAACCAAAGCACAUGGGGCAACAUAGUUGAAGGUGUGUCAAGCCAGGCUGAAAAUGUUAUAUUCACUGGAUUUAAAGAAAGCAUUUUUGUAUCUAUGCUAAGUGCGCUGUACAGUUCAUUCUUUUUCUUAACUUCACUUUUCAAGAGAAGAGUAACCACAGGGGAUAAAAUUAACUUUGCGUCUAGCCUUGUUUGUCUUUUAAUAUCUACUUUUACGAUGUUCUUCUCUGGCUUUUUGUCUUUCUUUGAUGCAUUUAAGUACAUAAAGAUAGGAAUGUAUUCAUCAGAGCUUAUAAAAGUUGCUGAUAUGUCUGUGUAUGAUAAUAACUGGAAAUCUUACUUAACUACAUGCUUAAUCAUGUUAACUCUAGUAGCCAUUCUUCUACUUGUUGCAUGGGCUGCCUUUACACUCUGGGGCAGUCUAAACCCCAUUACCAUGAAGUUUGAAAUUCCAAAGAAAUUUGGUAUUCUAAGUGACCUAUCAAUGAGAGUGUACAUUCUGGGGCUGUACUCCUUAUUCAUGCUAUCUUUUGUGAUUAUCCCAACAAUAGUUGAAGUGCUGAAGGGCCGGCCUGACGUGGCAAAAGACUUGAUUUUUUACAAGCUUCUAACCCCAUCUAUAGCAACAUAG